UUGCGUUGCUUAAUUAUCCUAAAUAUCACAAGCUAAUGGAGAAGGAAGUAAACGACGUGGUUGGUUGUGGCAAAAAAGUUUCUAUAGCGGAUCGCAAGAACAUGCCGUACACCCAGGCAUUUUUGUAUGAACUGAUGCGUAAAUGCACACUUGUCAAAAUAUUUGAUAGCUGCUCUAUGGUGGACGGAGUUGAAGUCAAUGGAUACAAGUUACCAAAAAACACAGGGAUCUAUUCGAUUGCUUGGGCGGUUCAUAACGAUCCUCGAUUUUUCCCCGAGCCAGAGAAAUUUAAACCUGAAAGAUUCAUUGACCCGGUAACUGGGACCUUCCAGAAAUCAAAAUAUUGGAUUCCUUUUGCAAUUGGGAAACGGAAUUGUCUUGGCGAGCAACUGGCGCAAAUGGAGCUCUUCAUUGUUGUGGUAACCUUGAUUCAAAAUUUCGACAUAUCCAUUGAAGACGGUGCCCCAUUGCCAUCGUUGGAUGACGGUAUAGAAGGUGUUCUGUACACACCACCUCCAAUAAAGCUACUUAUGACUGAUAAAGAAUAACUAAGAUUAAGGAGUAAUUCAACAUGAUGAUGACAACAAUGAAAAUUGUCUAUUCGACCUGUAAUUGUUGGGCUAUAAAAAUACUGCGAAAAAAAUUUCCGUACGAUUAAAACGAUUUCAACGUUUUUAAAGUAAAAACAAUUACACGGAUUUGUCUGAUUAGGAUUAAUUUUCAUGAUAAAUAGCAGAAACAGUGGAUCAUUCACCUCUGUCAAAAAAUAAUUUCGAGAAAAUAAUAAUCAAGCUAUAUAAUACGAAAAAAGACAAUUUGUAAUUUCUCUUCAUGUUUUUUCUCUUGAUGAUUCUCGUAUUUUAGCAAAAUACAUUUUAGCACAAUUUU